AGCAGAUUCUGACAGAGCCACUCCAAUCUGAAAAAAAAUCAGAAAAAAAAUUAAAAAAGAAAAUAGAAACCGAGAGAAGAAAUGAACAGUGGUAGCAAAUCGGAAGGAGAACGGUUACUCGAGAUCGCAGAGCAACAGUUGCAGAAACGCGAUCUCAAAGGCUCACGGCAACUCGCUCUCAUCGCUCAAGAAAACGAACCGCUUCUCGAAGGCUCCGAUCAGAUCCUCGCCAUAAUCGACGUCCUCGAAGCGGCGGAGAAGCCGCUGACAACCACCGCAUCCACCACCACCAACAACCGCAACAAUCUCGAUUUCUACGCGAUUCUCCAGGUCGAUCAUCGUGAUUCACAGGAUCUCAACCUCAUCAAGAGGCAGUACCGGAGGCUCGCGCUUCUGCUACAUCCUGAUAAGAAUCUCUUCUCGUUCUCGCACCAUACGUUUGACCUCGUUUCUCACGCCUGGGCUUUGUUGUCCGAUCCGGCGCAGAAGGAGAUCUACGAUGCGGGUUUGGGUUGUGCUCCGGGAAGCUUCUGGACCGCGUGUCCGUACUGUUUUCAUAUGUAUGAGUACCCUGGGGUUUACGAGGGGUGUUGCUUGCGGUGCCAGAAAUGCUCGCGGCCGUUUCAUGGAGCGGCGGUGAAUUCUAUGCCGGAGAUGGUGCCGGAUCAGGAGGCUUAUUAUUGUUCCUGGGGAUCGUUUCCGAUGGGAUUUGUGUUUGAGAGUUUGGAGAACGGUGGUGGGAGUAAUCAGAAACCGGCGGCGGCGGUGGCGGUGGUUCCUAAUCGGGUGGCGGUUCCUGAUGGUGGUUCUGUUAAGAAGAAGCGAGGAAGGCCGCGAAAGGUGGCGGUUUGAGAUUGGAGUUUUGUUUGUGUUAUUCUUUUGCUCUGUUGCAAAAUUUCUGGGCAGUUUUUGUUUAUUUAUUUAUUAGUUUGUUUGUUUGAUCAUCAUUGAUCACAAUUGGAAUUUUCACUCUGUAUUGUCUUGUUAAAAUGAUGUUUCUGUGAAGACCAAUGUCAAAUGAACAUUAAAAUUUUUAACUGUGCAAUUUGUUCCUCUUA